ACAAAAACAGAAAAUAAAAGAUCUGCACACGAGUGGGAACUUUCCCUACCUGUUUGCUGUAGCAAGACUGAAAUUCCUGCCGGGGCCCACUUCAGCCAGCGACUCUUCAUUGAUCACGUAAACAUAUUUGUACGGCGUUUUAGUUCAAAAUCGAGCAGUACACACAAGCUGAAACCGAAUUGGAUCACGAACCAGCCCAUCGUGCAGCGCAAAAAAAACAACCAAACCAAAACACACAUGGAAACAAGUGCAAUCACCGUGUCACACACAAUCGAAAAGACAAAUGCAACUUUUAUAAAGCAAUCAAUGUGAGUGUGUGUGUGCGUCUGUGUAUAGAUUCUAAUUAGCAUCUAAUUGGUUUGUCUGCGAUCACGCUCAUCACAUCGUCGCUCAUCGGUAGUCUCAUAAAUUAGCAUUUGCAUGUGCUCGAUUCCAUCAUCGCAAAACAACAAAAACAAUUUGCAUACGUAAAGAGAUUUAACAAGACGUGCACGUGAGUAUUCCCAAUGUUUGUGCAGCAUCGACAGCGCGCGCUCGCGUCAACCAUUGGAUUUAUUAAUUAAAUAUUCAUUGCUUCUGUCUUCGACGCUGUUUAUAUGUCUAUGACUCGAUUCUUUGAUGAACCAGAAACACGCUGCUGAAUUUCUUACAUUUGUUUCACCUUUAAUUUUUCUUCAAUCGGCGUGAAUUCGAACACAACCGUACACUCUACUCUCUCAGCACCUCGAUCACAACCAAAUAAACAAAAACAAGAAAGAAAGAAGCAACAAAGAAAAAUAAAAACGCUGAUUCUUUUGGGCCAAUUGUGUUUUUAAUUCGAUUACCCGACGAACAAUUGCUUGAACCGAGUAUUUGCCGAGCGCGCACAAUUUAAAUGAAAAAUACCAGCCAGAAACAAUAGAUCCGAGUGUGCAAACAAACAAUUCAUGGCAUCGUUCACAAAGUAAUCGCUUACCGUGUCCAAAAAGUUUGUAAUUGAUGUUGUUGUUGCUGGUGUUGCUGACGCGAGUUGGAAAAAUCAAGGAAAGCGCACGAGAGAACGAAUAGGUAGAGAGAGAAGGAGAGAAAGACAGAAAGAGACAGACUUUAAAUAUUGGUUUACAGGUGUUUAUAAGUCGUUCAUAUUCAGUGCGCUGCAAUUCAUGUGCACAAUAAUGAUAGAGUGAAGGCUGGAAAUUCACUGGACUUGAGCGCAUUCAUAGUAUAUCUGCGCAAGUGGUGCAGCAAGCCAGCCAAAUCACGGAAUCGGUAGUGAAACUGGCGUAAAAAAACAACACACACAUAUAUUUACACGCACGCAUUCAAUACAACAAAAUGACCAACGGAAUUUUUUCCACUGUGAGUAAACAAUAGCACGAGCAUUUGGAUAGUUUUUUCUCCCCACCUGUUGUGUGUGAUGUACCAGAAGUCAGAAAGACAAUCGAAAACCGUCAGAUAAUAAAGUGUUUUCCGAAACGAGAUUAUCUUCAAAAGAAAGGUGUUACUUCUUUUGUGUGUGAGUGUGUUUGUCUGUGCAACUGUGAAAAGAAAGAGGCUCGAGAGAAACAGAGACAGUGAGAUAGAUCAGCGCCGAUAUUGCUACAAAACUCAUCGCGCAUCGAACUAAACUCGACUAGCAAAAAUACAAUACGCGAACGGGAACAAUUGGCCAAUGUAAAAAGAAAUCGAAACAUACUUAAGACAUCAAACAACAACAGAACAAAAAUAAUAUGAGAAAUAUAACGAUUUUGUUUAGUGCACUUAGAUUAAUUGAACGUUACGAGUAAAGUUGCGAUAAACGCAAAGAAAAUGAUAAAAUUGCUCAUAUGUUUCAAUCAAUGUAUUCGGUUAAUCUGAUGGAAAUGUGCGAGAAACAGAAAAACAAACAAACCGUGCAAGGUGUCUCGUGUGAUUAGUGAAUCGUGUAUACAUUUCAACCCGUCUAUUUUGCUGCAGACACACAAUUAGUUUCGAUCUGGACUGAAGCCGCAUGCGAUGAUAGUGCAUGGAUACGUGUUUUUUCCCUUUAACAACUGUUUUUUUUUUUGGAAAAUGACCAAAUGGUCGGUGCAAUAAAACAAUUUGUAAGGUUUAGUGUUUCGGCGCCGCAACAAAGUAUAUACACAACAUAACGGCAGCAGACAAGAAAAAAAUUGAAGUGACUUACAUGUUGUAGUCUAGAGCGGAUAAAACAAAUCGUAUUUACACGAAACAAAAAAUAAACAAUCAAUUACAAUCCACGUUACAGUUAAUGAUGAAAAUUCAGUGAAUUCAGUUUGUAAGCGCAAGAGAAAAGAAAAUGGUGACCUGUAAUUUUGAUUCGAUAAAAAAAAUGGAGCGACCACGACGAAACACAACCAGUAGCUCGAAUUCAUCGGGUUUUCGUUUGCUCGACGAUCAGUGUGACACCGUGUCAAGCGUUAGCCGAAAUUCCAUUUACAAACUCAAGAUCGAUGCAAUGUUUGACGAUAACAGAUCGAUGGUGAGUCAACGAUUGGACGAUAUAAAUCCAUCGAUAAGUCAGCGACGCCGUUCGAGCCGAUUAUCAUCGGCGGGUAGCAUACGGGAGGCAGCCAGUAGCGGCAUUAGGUGUGGUCGUAGUAAUAGUAUUCGCAGCAACAGCAUCCGAGGUGGAUCAUCCACAAAUAUUCAACGUGGUUCGACGCGUGAAAGCUCCGGCAGAGGAACCAAUUCGAAUCGCUCAUCAUCCCGAGUAUAUCGUCACAGCAAUCCGAUUAAUGUAACAAGAACGAUGACAACAACCACGACAACAACAACAGCCGCCAAUAUUAUCGAAUAUGGCGUUAAAUGUGUGAAUAACAAAGUGCAGAAGCAAAUCGAACGAAUGUUCACCGAUGUGGCCAACGAUGAGACUACUUGCAGUUUUGCCGUUCGAUGUUUGGGAUCGUUGCCAUUGCAGAGUAAAGUCACCAGUUUGUUUGAAUUGCAAGAACCGCUACGAAAAUUGUAUAUAGCUGGGUCAAGCCAUAAUAAUCAAAAUACCGGAUACUUGGACAUAUGUGAAGGAGGUUUAAGAAUUCGAACUGGUUCUACACCAAAUGAGUCGCAACCGACUCCAUUCCAACAUAUUGCCGUUUGGUCGGCGGUCAAGUUUGUGAUGAGCCAAUCAGAAAACAGUGCCGCUUUCCUUCCAUUAAUCACCGAUCCGGAAAAUCUUGAUAAGAAAUCACUUUUUCAACCGCUUAGUGGGUCCGAUCGACGACGACUUUCAUCUGGUUCGCAUGCACCCAUUUUCACGGUUGUCAUGCGUUCAAAGCAACCAAACCAACAAUCUAAGCAGUUAGAAUGUCAUGCGUUUGUUUGUCAAACGCCCGAAAAUGCGAUCGUCAUCGCGGCCACGCUGUAUCAGUCGUUACUGGCCCACAUGAGCAGCAGUCAAACGGAAAAACAACGGAAACCACGCAAUCAAAACGGUGUGAGUUGCGUGAGUAUUGCAAGUAGUUCAGGUGCAAAUCGUUAUGGUAGCUCAAGAGCAUCACUUGCUUCGUCCGGUAAUCGGGCUAAACCACCAACUAUUCCAUUGCCACCACCACCAAUCCCAUCGCCUCGUCUCGCUCGAAUGCAAAUGCAAGCAAAUAGCAAACGAUUGGCAGAGAAUUCCAUGAGCAGCGACACUGACAACAUCGUUAGAAACGCACUGCUUGAAACAUCAUCGUCGAGCGAUCAACGCAAAAGACGUAGCUAUAAGACGAGACGGGCUCCUCCAGUGCCAACACAGCAUGAAUACAAUAAUCGAGCUUCCGAUUUGUAUAAAAUUUCAUCGUCGUAUCGAGUGCAUCAGAUGAAUGCCCAAUCACAUCGGCAUCACUAUCAGACGGCCGAUCAAGUUGGCGGUGACAUCAUGACUCGCGUUGCCAUUCCACGGUCGGGCAGCUUUUUGAACACAAGCGGCUUGGCUCGGUAUAAAUCACGGGCAACCAGACGCGCCAAGAGCGGUGGCGGUGGAGGAUCCCCACUUGGCUUUUCAGAACUGUUCAAUGAGUUCCGCUUGCAAGAGAAUCUUCAUUCGCUGGACGAUAUUUUGAAUGCCAUAAUAAAUUCGGAAGGAAUGUCAUUUAACGAUUUGAAGCCAAUUUACAAGGAAUUCCUGUUAAAACUGGCCGUCACACUGACAAAAGACGAAUUAUAUCAGCGAUCAAAGAGCAUAAUGCGGCGUCAAAAGAAGAAACUAAUGCGACGCAACAAAGCUUAUCAAUAUCCACGAAAAACCUUCUUUUUUGGUUCAUAUGGGCUAAAACGUGUGUUUCGAUUUAGUAAGUAUUUUUUUCAGAGGCGAAAAAAGACAACGGCCGCGAGUUUAGAUGGAUUGGCAAAGAAGCGUGUAAUGAACAGCCGCGGCAGCAGUGCCACCGUCACAAAUAAUCGCAUCACCACCACCGAAAUACACAGCAAACAAAACUACGUGAAAAAGCAUCAUCGCAGCAGCAAAGCGGUGACAAGUGGAUCGGAUUUGUCGGAAACACAAAAUGAAUUGACGUUCAGUGGCCAAAAUCGCAACAGUUCCAGUGGAUACGUUUCAUACUCCGAGUGCAGUGCAUAUUCGGAUGAAUGCACAUGUUCGUCGGCCGAUCGUUGCUAUUGCAGUUUAGGACCGGGUCGAGUGAAAUUGUCGCGUCGUCUAAAGGAGAGCAAACGAUCAUCCAGUUACAUUAAGAAUACGGACACAUUAAUUUCAUGCCACACCGAUGACAAAUGCUACUGUUCGCUGGACGAUGGCGAGGGAACGGCUGAUGACCUAUCAACGGCCACCUAUUGUGAUACGGAGAGUUGCAACAGCACCACGAAAUGCUAUUGCAAACAUCGAGUUGUGCAAGUGCCGGGCACAACGGCAUCCGUGACAAAGAAGGUCAAUCGCACUUGUGUCAGCGAUAGUUUAGCAUUGGAUUAUGAACUUUUCACCGUUGGCAACGAUCGAGGUCAACGGCGCCAUGGCAGUUCAAAAACACGGAGCAACCAAAAUGCCAAGCACAUUCGAUCACAGGAGGCAUUGAGUGUGAAGAAAAGCGUUGAAAUGGCAGCCGUUUUUGCCGAUGUAAAACUCAGCCAAACCACCGAUAUUAAACAUCUGAAGGGUGACAUCACAUCGUCCGAAGAGGAGCGCUUAGCACGCAACAAUCGCCGAAACAGUGUGAUUAGCACUCGAAGCCAACAAAUGAAACGAAUCGGUUCAAUGGGACCAAAAUGCAACAAUAUCAUUCCGAAUGUCAUCGAAGCCGCUGAACAAAAUCCAAUUUUCCGGAAAAAUACACAGAAAAUUAACGAAAUGUAUCAAACGAUUACGCCAAAAGUGGUCGGUGCCACUCUAGAAGAUUCCCUAGGUUAUCUGCCAUGAAUUCCACGACAACUUUCCCACAUGCAACAUUUCUUGUGACACAAUUAACAAUAUUUUUUAACGGAAAAAUGUUUACAUAAUUGUGCAGACAAUCAAAUUUAUGCAUGGGAAAUUAUCUGUCAAAUCAUUUUUGACCAGACAAUGAAGUUUCAGUGCAAAAAUGCACCACUUGGACAAAAAUUGGUUCACAAAUACUCGUUAAUCAUACGAUUUAGAUUAUAAGAAUAAAAGAAAAACUUUAAUUUUUACUGUACUUAAAAAAAUAUCGACUAAACACGGAACAACAACUUAGAUUUCUUGAAUGAAACAAUUUAGAUAUUCACACUUUGCCAUUGACGCAUGGAAUUAAUCUAGAUAUUCGUAUCAUAUCUUAUCGUAAAUUGUUUUUUUUUAAAUGAUUAUAUAGGCCUACAGCUGCUGUUUGAAUCACAUAUUCUUUAAGGAGAUUUUCAUAUCGCUUGUUCCAAACGGCAUUUGUUACAUUCCACUUUGAGCCCGAUCCAUUGACAUUAAUUCAUGAAAUUGGGUCAUUUAAUAACGAUACGACAUUUUUUUAGACUUAUUACUCUGAAUCCUAAAAUAAUCCAAAAGAUAAACGCAAUCUUGUGCAAUAUUCGUAGCAAAGAAAUGAUAUUACGUGCAAUCAUCAUUCAUGAGAUAUAUACAAGAGAUUUUUUUAUACAAUAAACUUAAAUACAAAAAAAAA